AAUUUUAUCUAAGUUGAAAACUCAGUUUUCGAAUACACCUUUACAAUAAAGAGAGAAAAUAAGCCCCAAACUUUAAAUGCUCUAACUGCGACUGUUAACGGCACGGAAAAUCAAGAAGCUGCAUCAAACAAAACCCACUCGAGAAGAAAAUUCCUUGAAAAUGAUCUCUCCCAUGAUUCCUUUCCCCUUUAUUCUUCAAUCCUCAAUCCUAAAUUUCUCGACUGCGAAAAGGAGCUGAUCCCACAGAUUUCGACAAAAUGAAUGGCUACCAAGCACAGUCACGUGUAUAUGAUCUCGACUGAUCGCCCAAUUCAGCUCAAUUUCUCCUGACACACAAGCUGUUUGAUGAAAUGUCUGCCUCAGAAAGCAAGGAGAUUAACCAAAAUCAGACCUCCGCAGCUCAAUCCUCAGCUGCAGGAGAGCAGCGCCGCAAUUCCACCACGAGUAAGGGUAAGGGCGGCGAUUCAGUCAGCAAGGCUAUGGCGCAGUACACCGUGGACGCGAGGCUGCACUCGGUUUUCGAGCAAUCCGGUGAGUCUGGGAAAUCCUUUGAUUACACUCAAAGCUUUAGAACCGGCAUUCAAUCCGUCUCCGAGCAGCAGAUCACAGCUUAUUUCUCGAAAAUUCAGCGCGGAGGUCACAUUCAGCCGUUUGGCUGUAUGAUAGCCGUCGAUGAGCGGAGUUUUCGCGUCAUUGCUUACUCGGCAAAUGCCUGCGAAAUGCUGUCCUUGACGCCUCAGUCAGUUCCAAGUCUUGAGAAGCUCGAAAUUCUGACAAUUGGCACUGAUGUCAGGAGCCUCUUCAACCCUUCGAGCUCGGUUCUGCUCGAGAGGGCGUUUGGGGCGCGGGAGAUCACUUUAUUGAAUCCAGUCUGGGUUCAUUCCAAGAACUCCGGGAAGCCCUUUUACGCGAUUUUGCAUAGGAUAGAUGUAGGGAUAGUGAUAGAUUUAGAGCCUGCUAGGAAGGAGGACCCUGCUCUUUCCAUAGCUGGAGCGGUACAGUCUCAGAAGCUUGCUGUGAGAGCCAUUUCACAUUUGCAGUCUCUCCCCGGUGGGGACAUUAAGCUUUUGUGUGACACAGUAGUUGAGUGUUUGAGGGAGCUAACAGGGUUUGAUCGGGUUAUGGUUUAUAAGUUUCAUGAGGAUGAGCAUGGUGAGGUUGUGGCGGAGUGUAAGAGAGCUGAUUUGGAUCCUUAUCUUGGAUUGCAUUAUCCAUCAACGGACAUUCCUCAGGCUUCGAGGUUUCUUUUUAAGCAGAAUAGAGUUAGGUUGAUUGUAGAUUGUUCGGCUAAGCCGGUCACAGUUAUUCAGGACAAGGCAUUGGUGCAGCCUUUGUGUUUGGUAGGUUCAACACUGAGGGCGCCUCAUGGUUGCCAUGCUCAGUACAUGGCGAAUAUGGGGUCGGUUGCUUCUUUAACUUUGGCCGUUGUUAUCAAUGGAAACGACAAAGAUGGUGUUGGAGGGAGAAACACAAUGAGGCUAUGGGGAUUGGUUGUUGGUCAUCACUCUUCUGCUCGCUAUAUCCCAUUCCCUCUUCGUUACGCUUGUGAGUUCCUGAUGCAGGCUUUCGGACUUCAACUGAAUAUGGAGCUACAGUUGGCAUCACAGUUUUCGGAGAAGCGUGUUUUAAGGACGCAGACUUUGUUGUGUGAUAUGCUGCUUCGAGAUUCGCCUAGUGGGAUUGUUACACAGAGCCCUAGCAUUAUGGAUCUCGUGAAAUGUGAUGGAGCAGCUCUUUACUACCAAGGGAGGUAUCACCCUUUGGGAGUCACACCUACUGAGGUGCAGAUUAAGGAUAUUCUGCAAUGGUUGCUGGCAUCUCAAGAGGGUUCGACUGGUUUGAGCACGGAUAGUUUAGCUGAUGCAGGGUAUCCUGGGGCUGCUUCUUUAGGCAAUGCUGUGUGUGGAAUGGCUGUUGCGUAUAUCACUUCACGAGAUUUCUUGUUUUGGUUUCGUUCCCAUACUGCAAAGGAGAUGAAAUGGGGCGGAGCAAAGCAUCAUCCACAGGAUAAAGAUGACGGCUUGAGAAUGCAUCCUCGCUCCUCAUUCAAUGCGUUUCUAGAAGUUGUUAAGAGCCGGAGUCUUCCAUGGGAGAAUGCGGAGAUGGAUGCAAUUCACUCUCUCCAACUAAUUUUGAGAGAGUCGUUUCAAGAUGGCGAUGGAAGCAAUUCUAAGGCGGUUGUAGCAAGACAGGGAGGGGACUUGGAGUUACAAGGGAUUGAUGAGCUUAGUUCUGUAGCCAGGGAAAUGGUUAGGUUGAUAGAGACUGCAACGACUCCUAUAUUUGCCGUUGACUGUGAAGGCUGCAUAAAUGGGUGGAAUGCCAAAGUUGCUGAGUUAACCGGACUAUCCGUUGAGGAAGCAAUGGGGAAGUCCUUGGUUCACGAUCUUGUUCAUGAAGAAUCCGAAGAAGCGGCUGAAAAACUUCUGUUUCAUGCUCUUAGAGGCAAGGAAGAAACAAAUGUAGAAUUAAAGUUGAGGACAUUUGGUACUGAAACAAGCAAGAAGGCUAUAUUUUUGGUGGUCAAUGCUUGUUCUAGCAAGGAUUAUACAGACAGGAUAGUUGGUGUGUGCUUUGUUGGUCAGGAUGUCACUGGCCAGAAACUGGUGUUCGAUAAGUUUAUCAAUAUUCAAGGCGAUUACAAGGCAAUUAUACACAACCCAAACACUCUAAUUCCACCUAUAUUUGCCUCGGAUGAGAACAUAUCUUGCUAUGAGUGGAACACCGCUAUGCAGAAGCUGACCGGGUGGAGUAGGGAGGACAUCAUUGGAAAGAUGUUGGUUGGGGAGAUAUUUGGGAGUUGUUGUCGGCUCAAGGGACCGGAUGCAUUGACAAAAUUCAUGAUUGUCUUGCACAAAGCACUCGGAGGUCAGGAUACGGACGAGUUCCCAUUUUCCUUUAUUGGCCGAAGUGGUAAGUAUGUAAAUGCUCUGUUGACUGCCAACAAGAGGGUGAAUGCGGAGGGCCAUAUUGUCGGAGCCUUUUGUUUCUUGCAGAUUGUAAAUCCCGAGCUGCAACAAGCCAUCAGAGUCCAGAGGCAAAAGGAAAAGAACAGUGUUUCAAAGAUGAAAGAGCUCGCUUACAUUUGUCAGGAAAUUAGAAAUCCAUUAAGUGGUAUACGUUUUGCUAGUUCGGUUCUGGAAAGCACAAAUUUGACAGAAGAACAGAAACAGUUCCUUGAGACCAGUGCUGCGUGUGAGAGGCAGUUAUUAAAGAUUCUGAAGGACGUUGAACUUGAAAAAAUUGAGGAUGGUUCAAUGGAGCUCGAGAAAACUGAGUUUCUACUUGGGAGUGUAAUCGAUGCUGUUGUUAGCCAAGCAAUGUUCUUGCUUAGAGAAAGAGGUCUGCAGUUGAUCCACGAUAUACCAGAGGAAGUCAAGACACUCGGAGUCUACGGUGAUCAAUUUAGAAUUCAACAAAUCUUUGCUGAUUUCUUACUGAACAUGGUUCGAUAUGCACCAACCUCAAAAGGUUGGAUAGAAAUGCAACUCAGUCCAAACUUGAAGCAAAUUUCUGAAUCAAUGGCCACGGUGCACAUUGAAUUUAGGAUAACGUGCCCUGGUGAAGGUCUUCCUCCUGAACUCGUCCAAGACAUGUUCCAAAACGGGCGAUGGGCAACUCAGGAAGGCCUAGGAUUGAGCAUGUGCAAGAAACUCUUGAAGCUUAUGAAUGGAGAAGUUCAAUAUAUCAGAGAAUCAGACAAAUCCUUUUUUCUCAUCGUUCUCGAUCUGCCUAUGUCCAGCAGGGCCUUAAUGAGUAUCGACUGAUUUGGAACGAUGGCAUCCCGCGCUCAACCUCUUGAGACUUUGCACGCCGGGCUCUUGAGGAGACGCAUUGUCGAGCUUUCACCUUCCAGGUCAUUUUUGCCAACUUCAAAUUUUGUUGAUACACACUGAAUAUGAGAGGGGGGACAAGAGAUGAUCGUAUGUGUGAUGUGUGUGUGUGUGUGUGUAUAUUUUGCUUUUAUUGUGAAGAGGUAGAGUAAUAUGCUUAAUACAGUAUUUAUGCAUACAUUGAUAAAUAUUGGCUAUACCUAUAUUAUCUAAACUUGUCCUAA